AUGGAGAUUUCAGGUGACAUGAGAAUCAACAGCAGCAUGCUCGAGGUGGCUAUGGCCACACUCACGAAAGUCGAGAGCCUGAUUGAGGCGUUUGAGGGUUGUCGUGGAGUCUUUCACACGGCUGCAUUUGUGGACCCAAUUGGACUAUCUGGUUACUCGAACGCUAUGGCUGAUGUAGAAGUGAACGCGACCAAGAAUGUUGUGAAGGCUUGUGGAGUUUCAUCUUCUGUUAGGCUAUGUGUGCCAACCUCAUCCCUCUUGACAUGCAUUUGGCGGGACAAUUCGAAAAGCGAAGAAGUUUCCCUCCAAAUCGACCACAAAACCUGGAGUGAUGAAUCCGUUUGCAUAAACAAAAAAGAAAAGUCUGCAUGGGAUAUCGUGCAAGAAUGCGGUCUGAAGCUAGCUGCCAUUUGCCCCGGGCUUGUCACUGGCUCGAAGUUUUACCAAAGAAACCCAACAUCCACAAUGGCUUAA